AUGAGGAUGCUUCGCCGGGGGCUGCUCGCGUGGGUCUCCCGGGUGGCGGUGCUGCUGGUGCUGCUCUGCUGCGCCGUCUCCGUGCUCUACAUGUUGGCCUGCACUCCGAGGGGCGACGAGGAGCAGCUGGCGCUGCCCAGGGCCAACGGCCCCACGGGGAAGGAGGGGUACCAGGCUGUCCUGCAGGAGUGGGAGGAGCAGCACCGCAACUACGUGAGCAGCCUGAAGCGACAGAUCGCGCAGCUCAAGGCGGAGCUGCAGGAGAGGAGCGAGCAGCUCAGGAACGGGCAGUACCAAGCCAGCGACCCCGCAGGCCUGGGGCUGGACAGGGCGCCCCCGGAGAAGACCCAGGCGGACCUCCUGGCCUUCCUGCACUCGCAGGUGGACAAGGCCGAGGUGCACACCGGUGUCAAGCUGGCCACCGAGUAUGCGGCAGUGCCUUUCGACAGCUUCACCCUGCAGAAAGUGUACCAGCUGGAGACCGGCCUGACCCGCCACCCCGAGGAGAAGCCGGUGAGGAAGGACAAACGGGACGAGUUGGUGGAAGCCAUCGAAUCGGCCUUGGAGACCCUGAACAGCCCUGCGGAGGGCAGCCCCAACCAGCGUCCUUACACGGCCUCCGAUUUCAUAGAAGGGAUCUACCGAACAGAAAGGGAUAAAGGCACUCUGUACGAGCUCACCUUCAAAGGGGACCACAAACAUGAAUUCAAACGACUUGUCUUGUUUCGACCGUUUGGCCCUAUCAUGAAAGUGAAAAAAGAAAAACUCAACAUGGCCAACACGCUUAUCAACGUGAUCGUGCCGCUAGCGAAAAGGGUGGACAAGUUCCGGCAGUUCAUGCAGAAUUUCAGGGAGAUGUGCAUCCAACAGGAUGGGAGAGUUCAUCUCACCGUUGUUUACUUUGGGAAAGAAGAAAUGAAUGAAGUCAAAGGAAUACUUGAAAACACUUCCAAAGCUGCCAACUUCAGGAACUUCACCUUCAUCCAGCUGAACGGAGAAUUUUCUCGGGGAAAGGGACUUGACGUUGGAGCCCGCUUCUGGAAGGGAAGCAACGUCCUUCUCUUCUUCUGUGACGUUGACAUCUACUUCACCUCUGAGUUCCUCAACACGUGCAGGCUGAAUACACAGCCAGCUGGGAGGUCGGCGUUGGUGAACAUCCUCUGGAGAAAGUGUGGUGGGCAAGGCAUGGACUUGGAAAAGCUGCCCGGAUAUAAAGAGAAUAGAGUAGCCAUGGGCAGCCAAAUAUUUGAAGUUUGGAUGCUGGUGCUUCUCCUUGACUCCAUUUUGAUCCAGAAGCUUGGGGAACUUGCCGGGGUCCUGGCCGGCAGCAGGGAUAUUGAGCCAUUCUCUGCGACAGAAACGGUGUACCUGGUCAUAAAGAAAGAAACUGGAUUUUGGAGAGACUUUGGAUUUGGGAUGACAUGUCAGUAUCGGUCGGACUUCAUCAACAUAGGUGGGUUUGACUUGGACAUCAAAGGCUGGGGCGGAGAGGACGUCCACCUGUACCGCAAGUAUCUCCACAGCAACCUCAUAGUGGUGCGGACGCCCGUGCGGGGACUCUUCCACCUGUGGCACGAGAAGCGCUGUGUGGACGAGCUGACCCCCGAGCAGUACAAGAUGUGCAUGCAGUCCAAGGCCAUGAACGAGGCGUCGCACGGGCAGCUGGGGAUGCUGGUCUUCAGGCACGAGAUAGAGGCUCACCUUCGCAAACAGAAACAGAAGACAAGUAGCAAAAAGACAUGAACUCCCAGGGAUGGAUCUGGGGAGACGUUUGAACUCUUUUUUGCUUUUGCAAUCACGAAACAAGAGGCUGCGACAAGGAAAAGACUUCCAAAAAGGGCGAGAAAAGAAUUUGAUUAGUAAAAGACCGAGAGGAGAGAGCCUCCGAUUUCUCUCUGGUUGGCUUUAUGCAACAGAAAUCAAAAUCUCCACUUUGCCUGCAAAAGUAGCCCAGUUGCGCCCUAUGAAGCGUCUGACAAAGGCAGAAUGUUUGUGAGAUUAUAAGCCUGAUGGUGUGGAGGCUUUGCUUGGGUUUACAACAAAACGAGAGCUAUUGUUUUCUGUGCUCGUUGAGAUGUUCGUGAAUUAAGACCAGUUUUGUACAAAGUUCAUUAGCAUGAAAGGCAAGCACAUUGCUCCUCUUAUAAAGGGUCAUCUCAAGUAGGGCUCUAGUUUCUAGGAAUGCUAAAAUAUCAGAGGGCGGAAGAGGAGACACACUCGUCACAAUCCUCGUGAGCAUAUUAAACAAAGUCAAAUGGAUCAGGAAAAAAACUAUACAUACCGUGUCAUUUUCUCCCAAGAUCAGUGAAAAAUAAUCUCAUCUUUUUCAUUGUUGUUUUAACCAUCUCCAGUUUAUUUAAAAAUGCACUUUUUUUUUUGGCUUGUGAGUUAUAGUCUGCUUAAUUAAUUAGCAAUCUGCAAGCCUUACAACAGAGCACAAGUUCUCAUACAUUUUUAUAUUUUUUAAGAAGAUACUUUUAGAUGCAUUAUGAACACUUUCAGUUCAGAGCAUCAGGUUGAUACCAUAUCCAAGGGCGUGCCAAAUGCUGAUCCUGUCGGGUACCAAAUGCAGACCUGGAGACACACGGAAGGCAUGGUUUGGAACUAUGGGUUGACACACGGAUGCUUUAUCCGAAGACUGUUUCUGGAGAGGGGCAGCUGAACGCUGGAGGAAAAGAAAAAGACCCUUUUCACUUUACCAGAAAAGGAAACUCAUUUUAGACCGGUGAUAUCGUGAUGUAUUUAAAAGUCAGAAAACCCAUUUUCUCCUUAGAAAUGGGGACCGCUUUCUUACCUGUUCAAACAAACCAAAGUAUACUGUGUGAACCAAACAAUCUCUUUUCAAAGCAGGGUGCUCUUCCUGGCUUCUGGCUUCCAUAUGAAGAAAUGCAGAAAAAUUUAUUUUAUGAAAGAUCAAUUCUUCUGCCAGAGUCUAGUGGGAUGGAAGUUUUUGCUACAUGUUCAUCCACCCCGGGCUAGGUGGAAGUAACUGAAUUAUUUUUUAAAUUAAGCAGUUCUUCUACUCAAUCACCAAGAUGCUUCUGAUAAUUGCAUUUUAUUACAGUUUCAAAGUAUUUUUUAAAAAUACAGUUAACACAGAGCGGUUUCUACAUUCAUGUGAAAAUUAUUUAUUAGCCGGCACCGGAUGCAUGAGCUAAUUAUCUCUCUGAUUCCUUGCCUUCUGUUUGCCCACACUAAACUCAUUGUUUAAAAGCUUCAAGAACAUUCAAGCUGUUGGUGUAUUAAAAAAAUGCAUUGUAUUGAUUUGUACUGGUAAUUCAUAAAACUUAAUUAAAACACAGGCCCUGAAUGGAAGGUGGUAUUACACAGCUAAUAAAAUAUGAUUUGUGGA